AUGGGUUCAAGACUUCUUGGUAAAAUAUUGACAGAGUCUUCUGCUUUAUUUGUAUGUGAUAUUCAACAAAAGUUUGUACCCCUUAUUCAUGAUAUGCCACGUUUAGUUCAACAUGCUAGUACUUUAAUUAAAGGAUGUCAAGAACUUAAUGUUCCUAUUGUUGGUACGGAGCAAUAUCCAAAGGCACUGGGAUCGAUGAUCGAUGAGGUAUCGCCGAGCACCUACAAAGUGUAUCCAAAGACACUGUUCUCUAUGUACAUUCCAGAGAUCAAGUCACGUUUGAAAGGCGGUGAUCUCAGUCAUAAAUUAAAUGUUGAUUACUUCCUCAUUGAUAUUGAAGUUCUUGUUGGACAAGAAGCAAAGAAUCUCGCAUUUUCCAAUGCUAGUAAUACUAUAUUUAAUUUAAAACAAUUAAUAGGUAAAAAAUUUUCAAAGAUUGAAGAUUUUGAUAUGUUACCAUUCAAGGUAAUACCAGAUGAAUUGGAUAACCCAAAGGUUUCAGUCACAGUAAAUGGUACUGAGAAAUUUUAUUCACCAGAAGAGAUGGUUUCUUUUAUUUUCUCUAAACUGAAGAAAAAUGCUGAAAUCUAUUUGGGUGAACCAGUUUCUAUAUCAAUGGAAAUUUGA